ACCUCUAUGGUCUAUCCCGACGCCCGUGGCGUGAGAGUCGAGGGCAGCGGGUGAGGAUGGAAUACCUGACGGAUAAAUUCACACUGAAAAGCCAAGCGAGGAAGUGUAGUGAUUACUACACGGGACCUGGCAGCACGCUGGAUCAAGGCAUGGAGAUCUUAGACAGCACGCAAUACUACAGCAAAACGUCGCCCAAGUGCGUGCAGACCUACUCUCACCAAAACAGUGACCAUCACACACACAUGAAGAGAUGCUCUCCAUGUGGCAACCAAAACACGCAUUACUGCGCCCAGAAAACCGAGGAGGCCAGCCUGCGCACGGAGCCCACGAGGCCGAUGGACUGCUGCAGUGUAAGAGCCUCCCCGGUGACAUCUGCUCAGGAGAAAACGGAUUUAGAUGAAACUGGUGGAAAAUGCGACAGUAACGUGUCAAGCAGUAAAAAGAGGCGACACCGCACGACAUUUACGAGCGCUCAACUCGAGGAGCUCGAGAAAGUGUUUCAGAAAACGCACUACCCCGACGUGUACGUGAGGGAGCAGCUGGCGAUGCGCACCGACCUCACGGAGGCCCGAGUCCAGGUGUGGUUCCAAAACAGAAGAGCUAAGUGGAGAAAGAGAGAGCGGUACGGACAAAUCCAGCAAGCUAAAAACCACUUUGCAGCGACAUAUGACAUAUCGGUAUUGCCCAGGACAGACUCGUAUUCCCAGAUACCCAACAACCUAUGGCCAGCCCCGAGCCCCGGUGGGGCGGUGGUGUCAUCGUGUGUUAUCCCGCGUGGUUCUUCGCCCUGCGUGCCUGCCCCGUACCCCCAUUCCCCGCGGGCUUCUGAACAUGGCUAUGUGGGCUUUCCCAACCCCCAGCAGAACCAGUUCGCUGUCAACCCCAUGUCCCUCAACAACUUCUUUGCUGAUUCACUCCUGGGCCCGACCCCCGCUAGCCAUGCAGCGGCGUUCGAGAGCAAGCCGGAGUUUGAGAGGCGCUCGUCCAGUAUCGCCGUGCUCCGGAUGAAAGCCAAAGAGCACACGGCCAACAUCUCCUGGGCCAUGUGA